GGGGCGGGGGGGGCGCCCUCGGAGCCAGGCGGAGGGGAGGGGGGAGAGGAGCGCAGAGGGAGAGUAAGCAGGACGCUCCGGGAGGCAGGGGGGCGGGGGGAGCAGCGCCGCGGCCGCCGCCGCCUCCGCCUCCGCCUCCGCCUCCUGGGACGAGGGGGUGGGGGACGGACGAGCCCCGAUGCCGGGGGAGACGGAAGAGCCGAGACCCCCGGAGCGGCAGGACCAGGAAGGGGGAGAGGCGGCGGUGGCCAAGGCGGCUCCAGAGGAGCCCCAACAGCAGCCCCCUGAGGCGGCGGCGGCGGCGCCCGCGGGGACUACUAGCAGCCGCGUGCUGAGGGGAGGUCGGGACCGGGGCCGGGCCGCUGCGGCGGCUGCCGCCGCCGCUGCUGCCGCUGUGUCCCGCCGGAGGAAGGCCGAGUAUCCCCGCCGGCGGAGGAGCAGCCCCAGCGCCAGGCCUCCGGACGCCCCAGGGCAGCAGUCUCAGGCCGCGAAGCCCCCGUCUCCAGCUCAGGGCAAGAAGAGUCCGCGACUCCUAUGUGUAGAAAAAGUAACAACUGACAAAGAUCCCAAGGAAGAGAAAGAGGAAGAAAACGAUUCUACCCUCCCUCAGGAAGUUUCGAUUGCAGCAACGAGGCCCAGCCGGGGCUGGCGCAGCAGCAGCAGGACAUCUAUCCAUCGGCAUCGUGACACUGAGAACACCCGAAGCUCUAGGUCGAAGACUGGUUCAUUGCAGCUCAUCUGCAAGUCGGAACCAAAUACAGAUCAGCUUGACUAUGUUGUUACAGAAGAGCAUCAAUCUCCAGGUGGCAUUAGUGAUGAGGAGGAGGAGGAGGAAGAAGAGAUGUUAAUCAGUGAAGAGGAAAUACCAUUCAAAGAUGACCCAAGAGAUGAGACCUACAAACCCCACUUAGAAAGGGAAACCCCAAAGCCACGAAGAAAAUCAGGGAAGGUGAAAGAAGAGAAGGAGAAGAAAGAAAUUAAAGUGGAAGUAGAGGUAGAGGUGAAAGAAGAAGAGAAUGAAAUUAGGGAGGAUGAGGAACCUCCUAGAAAGAGAGGAAGAAGACGAAAAGAUGACAAAAGUCCACGAUUACCCAAAAGGAGAAAAAAGCCUCCAAUCCAGUAUGUCCGUUGUGAGAUGGAAGGAUGUGGAACUGUUCUUGCUCACCCUCGCUAUUUGCAGCACCAUAUUAAAUAUCAGCAUUUACUGAAGAAGAAAUAUGUAUGUCCCCAUCCCUCCUGUGGACGACUCUUCAGGCUCCAGAAGCAACUUCUGCGACAUGCCAAACAUCAUACCGAUCAAAGAGAUUAUAUCUGUGAAUACUGUGCUCGGGCCUUCAAGAGUUCCCACAACCUGGCAGUGCAUCGGAUGAUUCAUACUGGCGAGAAGCCAUUACAAUGCGAGAUCUGUGGAUUCACUUGUCGGCAAAAGGCAUCCCUUAAUUGGCACAUGAAGAAGCAUGAUGCAGACUCCUUCUACCAGUUCUCUUGUAAUAUCUGUGGCAAAAAAUUUGAGAAGAAGGACAGCGUAGUGGCGCACAAAGCAAAAAGCCACCCCGAGGUGCUGAUCGCUGAAGCUCUGGCCGCCAACGCGGGUGCCCUCAUCACCAGCACUGAUAUCUUGGGCACUAACCCCGAGUCCCUGACACAACCUGCGGAUGGUCAGGGUCUUCCUCUUCUUCCUGAGCCCUUGGGAAACUCCACCUCUGGAGAGUGCCUCCUGCUAGAGGCGGAAGGGAUGUCAAAGUCAUACUGCAGUGGGACAGAGCGGGUGAGCCUGAUGGCUGAUGGGAAGAUCUUUGUGGGCAGUGGCAGCAGUGGGGGCGCUGAAGGGCUGGUCAUGAACUCGGACAUACUCGGUGCUACCACAGAGGUUCUGAUUGAAGAUUCAGACUCUACUGGACCUUAGGAGAAGGGAAGACUGGACACUGGGACAGCUCAGACUUUGUACUUAAAAGAUAAAAAGGACAAAAAAAAUUUAAAGCAUUUAAAAUCUAGUAAAAUAACUGAAGGGCCUGCUAUUUCCAUUUUGGAUCACAGCACACACAUAACACCCACCCCCUCUUCUCCCUCUACUGUCCCCUUUAUAAAAUCAUUGUUGCCUUUACCAGAAAGGUAAACAAAAAAGAAGAAGCUCUUAACGUGAGGGUUAUCCUCACACUCAGUUCCAGCCAGGCAGACUUCCCGCUCAUCAGCAGAUCCCCUUUUCCACCUUGCAACUCUGAUGUGCUCUGGGUCAGCUUUUAACUCUUACUAGUAUAUUACUGUCCUCUAAACCCAAACUCCUCCUUUACUGCUGCCCUGUGGUUCUGGCUUCUACCCAUUGCAGACAUUUACCCUAAAAGUAUCAUAUAAUUUUAAUCUUGGAGGCUGGCAGCUUGACUUGGCACUUUAGGGCCCCUUAGCAGGGUGAGCUGUUAAAACAGCACACAUCUCUCACCCCCUUUUCCUCCAGUCCCCACUGGGUUUCAGGAAGGAAGGGUACAUGGGGACCACCUCCCUCCCCUUUGACCCCAGCACCUCAGUCCUCCUGACACCUCCAUGUGGUUCUUAGUGGUGCUCACUUGCUUGGAAGCAGGCUCCCGACAGGGAGGGGGCUGCCCUCCCCAUGGUGUCUCUGACCAUAGGACAGGGCUGCGUGUCAGUGAGACAGUGAGUAAAGUCCCAGACUAAUGGCAGAAAUUUGCACUUUGAACAUGUGUGUUUUUGUGUUGUGGAACCUGAGAUUCCUUAUUUAUUAACGGAAAGUGAUUUUUUUUUUUUUUUUUGUCUUUGUUGCUAUUUUGUGUGGGGCUAGGAGAGAAUGGAUUAUUCUGACAUGGGGUCCUUUUCCAUAAGAGGUACUUUUGAAGGCAAGAUAUAGGGUUGAAGAAGCACAGCCAGCCUCUAAAAUCAUAGCUCUCCAGUGGCCUUUAAGCUGGUCCUCAGCACUAAUAAAAUCACUACAGUAGCUUAGUGCUUUUUCAGAAGCCUUGUUAGGGAAGAUUGUUAGGUUUGUGGUAAUUAGUGCUCUGUGAGUUUUAGAGCAUUGAGAUUUAGGAAUUUUGAGGGGAUGAGGAAGGUUGUCCAGGGUCUGAUUUAGAGAUAAAACAUUUUCUCCUAUGAAUUUGUUUUUGUUUUGUCACCAUCAUUUCUUUACACAUACCUCCCUAUUGGUCCAACUCUGGCCCCUUGCUUGGUUUUUGUUUUUGCUUCGCUUUAUCAUUGGUUCAUUCCAGCUCCCAAUUAGUGAAGGACAUUGCCAUUAGUGAAGGAAUAGUCUGAGUCAUACAGUUUUAAGUCAAAGAAAAUUGCUCUGUUUUGUUUUCCCUUUUAAUAACACUUUAGAAAAGGAAAGGCUUCAAUAGACAAAGUUAAUCUGUAGCUUUGGCUUUCCCUAAAAUUCUGGGAAUUACUGCUUCCUUUGAGAAGGAAUUUUCUUGCGUAGAUUGCUUAUUACUGUCCAUGAGAGAGACAGGUGUUGUUUUUGUACAAGUUCAUAACUCCAGACUAAAAACCAAUUUUGGCUCAGUUUUAGGGAAUUAAAAGGGCAAUUUUUAAUCCUUCUGUGUACCUCAGAAGAUGGAAUUCAAGGCUUGCCCUAUUCAUUGUUUGUCAGAAAUGUGCGAUGGCUUUUGGAAAGAAUGAAGUUUUGCUGAGAACAAUAUAAGGAACAGCUUGUUUUUCAAAAACACUAAAACUACAAAGUUUAUCAAUUUUCUCUUUGAUUUAUUUUUUUCCCAAAAAGAGGGGUAGCGAAAUGUCAUCUCUGAAAGAGGCUUACUUUACACCCACUAGUGUCAGUGUUUGGGAUGCCAGGGAAGAGGGAGUGAAACACCUACAGUGAACAGCCUUAAAUGCACUAUUGUUUCUUUUCAUAGUGUUGCAGAUUUGCCAUCUCUUCAACGUGGGGGUAGAAAAUCGACUAAGGAUAGGAGGGGUGUAGAAUAUGUUUCCUGCCCACAGUAAGGAUUUGGAGUUGGCUUUGGUAUGUUGGAUAAAUUUGAAAAUAUUGUAAGAUUGAUUGGGUGGGUCUACAACGCAAGUUGUUCCCCACACAUAUAAAUCCAUUUAGUACCAUUUCACUAGUUAGCAUCUAUUCCCCACAUUUACCUUUGUCACAUUUAUUUUAUCCUUUGUGUCCAUAAAUUACAUUUACUGGUUAGUCAUCAGGUAUUUUAGCCACAUACACAAAAGCAAACUGCAUUAAAAAUAUAUGUAUAAAUGAGAUAGAGGAGAAUACGUUUUUCCCUAUCUCACACUCCUCUCCCCACCAAAAACAAUUAGUUAUUGCUAAUAAUUAGAAACUUUGUUCUUUCUCCUCUAUUUUUUGUCCUCUUCAUAGCUACAAUUUGCCUAUAAUUUGCUUCAAUAAAUUAUAGCAGUUUGCAAUACAUUUUAAAAUAUUUUUCGUGAACUUGAUCUUUUUUCUUUUUGGGAAAAGGAUGCUGGCAUAGGAAAGAGUUGGUAUAAGUAAACUAACUUGUACUGGACCCUCUUCUCUUUUUCCUUUCUGCUCCUCAUGCUGUUUACUUCAUUGUUCUUCCAAGGAGCUCUUUUAAUCUUAAAAUUCUACAUUUCCUACUCUUACUCAAAUUCUGUAACCUUUUCUCCCCACUGCAUAUUCUCCAUCUUGAAUUGGACAUUUCUAGAUUCUGAAAAUGUAGUUGACAUACAAGCAUUAUUUCUGUGCUUCCCCUUUGUGGUUGCCCAGGAUUAUUUUGCAUAAUUGACUUAAUAUGCUUCAGAGAGUUUAGAUUAACACUGGCCGGGAUUACUGGGAGUAAAAAAUAUAUAUAUUAAGGUAUGGAAAAGCAUCCACCUAGAGCACUUGAACCUCUUUUGUACCUGUUUGGAGAAAAAAUAUAAAGAGUGUAUUAAACCUGAGGUUAUUACAGUCUGGUGAUUUGAAAUACCAUUUUUCUCUCCUGUCUUUUUCCCACUUUCCAAUGUACUCGAAAAAAUUGAAAAAUUGUAAUGAUCAAUUUAAAAGAUUUUAUUUCCUAAAAGCCUUUUGCCUGUUGUAAUUUGCAGGACCCUUCUCCUUUGAUGGGAGAGACAGGUAGUUAGUUACCUGAAUCUAGGUUGAAAAGGUUAUGUACAAAGAAAUUAUAAUAAAAGGGAUACUCUGCUUUUCAA